UCUAAAGUUCAAAUCUCUUCUUUUAGUAUCCAAGAAAAAUAAAUGAAUAAUAAAGAUGAUAUUUCUGUGAGAUCAGAUGACUCGUACCUCAAAUAGUGCAAAGCAUAGGGAAGAUUUCGAAAACGACAGCAAAUUGACUGAUGGAAUUACAAAGUGAGGGCUUAUGUUGCAGACAUAUAAAUACGCAAACAAGCACUACAAAAAAUACCACAGCAUCUGGAAGACAAAGUCUUUAGAUAAAAGCAUAUCUAUUACCUAAGCAUAACACAAAAGUUGUGCUAAUUAAACUAUCACACAUGUAUUUGGGGAUGAUGGCAGGUCAACAUAUGGGUUGGGGUUUAAUAGAAGAGGAGGGUUGGAGAAAGGGUCCUUGGACUGCUGAGGAAGAUAGGUUGCUUAUUGAGUAUGUGAGGGUUCAUGGUGAAGGCAGAUGGAACUCUGUGGCCAGACUUGCAGGACUGAAAAGGAAUGGAAAGAGCUGCAGGCUGAGGUGGGUAAAUUAUUUGAGGCCAGACCUUAAGAGGGGGCAAAUUACUCCACAUGAAGAGAGAAUAAUAGUAGACCUACAUGCAAGAUGGGGGAAUAGAUGGUCAACUAUUGCAAGGAGUUUGCCUGGAAGGACUGAUAAUGAGAUCAAGAACUAUUGGAGGACCCAUUUUAAGAAAAAAGCGGUUAAAGGGGUUUCUGAUGCCUCCGAGAAGGUGAAAACUCGCCUUUUAAGGAGGCAACAGUUUUACCAGCAGCAGCAACUCAAUCAAGCAGAUCUGAAGAAAAUCAUGGCCUUACUGGAUGAAAAUGACAACAAUAAAAUACCAUCCUGCUGGCCUCAAGUGAAGCCGGAUUCGGAGACUUCUACUACUACUGUAUGCCCUCACACAGCUGAUCAGGAGCAAGGAUUCUUCAGCUCCAUGCUGCACGGGAAUGUGUAUGUGCCUGAACCUGCCUCCACUAAUGAGGAAAAUUUUCUGUGGGAUGGUUUGUGGAACUUGGAUGAUAUCCAUGGUAAUUUUAACACAACUUCAGCUUGUGCAACAGGAAAAACUAGUUUGCACAGCAACUUGGUGGUUCCUUUUUGUUGAAUUUGAGCAGACUUUGAUUUUUCAAGUGUAACAAGUGGUGUGAAUUUUGGGUUGUAAAAUAAUCAUGCAAUCCAAGGCUACCUACUUAUUUACCAUGCUUUUUGCUUUUAUUUUAAAAUAAUGGCUCACCAUUUUAACUAUAGGAGAAUUGUAAUUAUUUUGGUUGUUGCUUAACUUGUAUUGGUACUUGCUAGACAAGCUAUUGGAAAUCAAAAACCGUUGC